AUGUAUGAGGAGGAAAUGUCCAAAGCUCCAAGAGCUCUUUCUCACAUACAUUCUGCAGUAACAGACCUUGUAUUUACAAGGAUAAUGGCAUGUGAAACUGCAAAGAAAGCUUGGGAUAGAUUGAGAGAGGAGUUCAUGGGAAGUGAUACAACCCGUAACAUGCAAGUCAUGAACCUGCGCAGGGUGUUUGAAAUGCUGAGAAUGCAGGAGGUAGAGAAGGUUAAAGAGUAUGUAGAUAGACUCAUGAGUGUGGUGAACAAAAUCAGAUUAUUGGGAGUUGAGAUGAGUGAUAAGAUGAUAGUUGAGAAAGUGUUAGUCAGCCUUCCUGAAAGAUUUGAGUCCAAGAUAUCAUCCUUAGAAGAUUCAAAGGAUCUCUCCCAAAUCAGCCUCACUGAAUUGGUUCAUGCCCUGCAGGCCCAAGAACAAAGAAGGUUAAUGAGGCAAGAUGAUUCAAAUGAAGGUGCUAUGCUGGCUGUUCAAAAGGGAGUGAAUAUGCAGGGAAGUAAUAGAAAAUAUGCUGGAGAUAAGAGAGGAAAAGAGAAGGCUGGUGGUCAGUGGGGAAGGCAGAGUGGAGGAAGAAAUUAUCCACCAUGUUCCCACUACAAAAAGAAGGGACAUCCAGACAGUAAGUGCUGGUUCAGGCCUAGGAUUCAAUGCAGGGGAUGCAAGCAGUUCGGCCACAUUGAAAAAGUGUGCAGGAACAAGGCUGCACAGCCACCACAGCAAGCAUAA